AUGGAUCACCUCACUUUUAGAUUCACAUCCAUCGGGAAACUUGUGGUAUGGUGCUUCCUUUUGACAAUCCAUAGCUCAGCAGCUCCAGGAAAGCAUGCCUCCCAUGCUCUAGAUGAAGAUCGCCUCUUCAAAAAGCUCUUCAGAGGCUACAAUCGCUGGUCCCGCCCAGUUCGGAACAGCUCUGAUGUGGUGAUCAUCCGCUUUGGGCUCUCCAUUGCCCAACUGAUUGAUGUGGAUGAGAAGAAUCAGAUGAUGACAACCAAUGUCUGGCUGAAACAGGAGUGGAGUGACUACAAGCUCCGCUGGAACCCAACUGAUUAUGGCAACAUCACAUCGAUCCGGGUCCCUUCAGAAAUGAUCUGGAUUCCCGACAUUGUUCUCUACAACAAUGCUGAUGGGGAAUUUAUAGUAACUCACAUGACUAAGGCUCACCUGUUCUUCACUGGUACAGUAAAAUGGGCACCACCAGCAAUCUAUAAGAGCUCCUGUAGCAUUGAUGUGACUUUCUUCCCCUUUGACCAGCAGAACUGCAAGAUGAAGUUUGGCUCCUGGACCUAUGACAAGGCCAAGAUUGACCUUGAGCAGAUGGAACAGAUGGUAGAUCUGAAGGACUACUGGGAGAGUGGGGAGUGGGCCAUCAUCAAUGCUGUGGGUACCUAUAACACUAAGAAAUAUGACUGCUGUGUUGAGAUAUACCCUGACAUCACCUAUUUCUUCAUUAUCCGAAGGUUGCCUCUCUUCUAUACCAUUAACCUCAUCAUCCCUUGUCUCCUCAUCUCUUGCCUCACUGUCCUGGUGUUCUACUUGCCAUCAGACUGUGGUGAGAAGAUCACCCUCUGUAUCUCAGUCUUGCUAUCACUCACUGUCUUCUUGCUACUCAUCACUGAGAUUAUUCCUUCCACUUCCUUAGUCAUUCCACUCAUAGGUGAGUACCUACUCUUCACCAUGAUCUUUGUCACACUGUCUAUUGUCAUCACGGUCUUUGUCCUCAAUGUCCACCACCGCUCUCCAGGAACCCACAAUAUGCCCCAUUGGGUGCGAGUUGCCUUUCUGGGCUGUAUACCCAGAUGGCUUUGGAUGAAUCGGCCCCUUCCUGUCCUAGAGUUCCACGACAGUCCUGGCCAAAAGCUGAGUUCCACUCAUCAUUGGUUGGACACCAAUGUAGAUGAGGAUAAGAAAAGUGAAGAAGAAAACUGGGACUUUUCUGGUCAUUCAUCACCAGUAAUAGAUACUCUCUAUCAUCACUGUGGUGGCCAUCACCAUGAAUCUCCAUGUUUCAAGGCAGGGACUCAAUUGCCAGAGACUGGAUUCCUUCUGCCUCCCAGCAUCCAAAAAGCCCUGGAAGGUGUGCAUUAUAUUGCUGAUCAUCUGAGGACUGAGGAUGCUGAUUUUUCGGUAAAGGAAGACUGGAAGUAUGUUGCCAUGGUGAUUGACCGGAUAUUCCUUUGGAUGUUUAUCAUCAUCUGCUUCCUUGGGACCAUUGGCCUCUUUCUUCCUCCACUUGUAGCUGGCAUGAUCUAA